AUGGACAACGACAUAAUAGUGUCUCUGGAAGACCUGGGAUACCAGGGCCCUCUCCUGGAGGAUGGCUCUCUGGAUGCAGCUGCCUCUCAUGGAGCUGCUUCCCCUGAGUUCACCAAACUGUGUGCGUGGCUCGUGGCAGAGUUGAGACUCUACUGCAGACUGGAGGAGAACGUCCACGCCACCAACUGCCCCAGUGAGGCAGAAAGCUUCCAGCUGGAGAUGAGUGGGCUUCUGUCGGAGCUGAACUGUCCCUAUCCCGUCCUUACGUCCGGAAACGUCACACAAAGAUUUCAGAUCAAGAACCACUGUCUGCUGCUACUCUCGUUCCUGGUGUCAGAGCUGGAGGCCUCCCGGAUGUCUCUCCUGGUCUCCCCCCAGAGCAGAUCCACAGACGGGGGAGCAGACAUCAGUCCAGCCUUCUCUGAGCUAAAGGGCGUGUGUGUGUCUCUGGGGAUGUCCAAACCUCCAUCCAACAUCACCAUGUUCCAGUUCUUCACCGGCAUCGAGAAGAAGCUGAAGGAAGCGUUGAGUCGCGUUCCUCCAAACCAUGUGGGAGACCCGCUGUUGAAGAAGCCUCUGGGCCCUGUGCACAUAGAGAAGAUCGAGGCCAUAAACCAGGCUUUGGUGAACGAGUACGAGGUCCGGAGGAAGAUGUUACUGAAGAGGCUGGACGUCACUGUGCAGUCGUUUGGAUGGUCCGACAAAGCAAAGACUCACGCGGACAAACUGGCUAAAGUGUACCAGCCUCUGCGCUCCGUGCUCUUGGCCAAAAGCAGAGUUUCUGUGGCUCAUCUUCUGGCUGCGAGACAAGACUUCUCCAAGAUCCUGAGGACGAGCAGCGGAAAGAUCCGAGAGAAAACGGCCUGCGCCAUCAACAAGGUGCUGAUGGGCAGAGUCCCGGACAGAGGAGGUCGUCCCUGUGAGAUCGAGGCUCCUCCCCCUGAGAUGCCCUCGGGGGAGGUGGAGGAGGAGGCUACCAGGGGGGAGGUGGAGGAGGAGGCUACCAGGGAGGAGGUGGUGGCGGUUACCAGGGAGGAGGAGGAGGCUACCAGGGAGGGGGCUAUGGGGGAGACAGGGGGGAACGGGGGCGAGGGGAGCAUCAUGGUGGAAGAGGAGGAGACAGAGGAGGAAGAGGAGGACGUGGUCGCGGAGGUUACAACCAGGGCCAGUCCCACCACCAGGACUCGGGGGGCAGAGGCCACAGCGGUCCCCCACAGCAGCACCAUGACCAGGGCUUCAGUCACAGCAGCGGGGGUGGAGGGGGAGGAGGAGAGAGAGGAGGGGACAGAGGAGGGGACAGAGGAGGGGACAGAGGAGGGGACAGAGGAGGGGACAGAGGAGGGGACAGAGGAGGAAGAGGGCGCGGGGGCAGAGGUCGGGGCAGCAGAGGAGCUCCAGGAGGGGGAGGCUGGGGAGGCCGAGGGGGAGACAGAGGAGGAGGACAGUUUGAGCAGUUUUUUCAACAAGGAGGACAACAGUACAACCAGUCCGGCUUCAACCAGGGACGCCAGCGCGGGUCAGACUGAAACCAAAGCCAAACGAAAAGCGAAUCAUUCGGACUCCCAGAUUCGGCUCCUAGGUCUCCCCGGAGCCCAUGUCCUGGCUGUAGAGCGACCCUGCGCGGUCAUGUACCCUCACCGUAAAGGCGAGCCCCCGGCUCCCUACCCACACAUGCCCCAUAUGAUGUACCGGCCUCACGGUGCUCCUCACCCGGGCAUGAGAGGAGCCCCUCACCCGGGCAUGAGAGGAGCCCGGCCUGGCCCCCCUCACUACCCACCGCCUCUGCCUUACAGCCGACCUCCUCCACCCGCUGCCGCGCUGGCGUCCCGGCCUCAUCCUGGAGCUCCGCCCCCAAGACCAUGGAAACCUCUGUCUGAGGCACCAGGCCCCAACAGCGACAAAGCGGGAGAGGAGUUUCUGCGAUGUAUUGCGGCUAACAAACCUCUGCCAAAUUACCUGAAAGGAAACAUGGAAUACAACCUGGCAGAGGCUUUGAAGGACGCUCCAGUCCUGCAGAUGCCCUGGAGCGGCAAGCGCAGCCGGAGCAGGAGCCGCGGCCGCAGCAGAGGAAGAAGUCGAGGCAAAAGCCGAGGAAGAAGUAGAAGCCACGAUCGAGCCAAGAGCCGGGCGCGGAGCAAGAGCCGGGCGCGGAGCAAGAGCCGGGCGCGGAGCAAGAGCCGGGCGCGGAGCAAGAGCCGGGCGCGGAGCAAGAGCCGGGCGCGGAGCAAGAGCCGAGGCCGCAGCCGGAGCCACAGUUAUGACCGAAAAAGUCGAGCCAAAAGCCGCUCGAGGAAAUCCAGGUCUCGUAGCCGCAGCAGCGAGAGAAUCCACCACAAAAGCCGCCACAACAGCCCGUCUCCCCGUCACGGCGCCUUCGGGAACCUGCGGGUGAAACAGGAGGUGAACGGAGGCGCGGCGUCUGCAGAGAACACCCUGAUAGAAGGCCUGAAGAUGGUGAUCAACAGCAGAGAGCUGGAGAGCAGGAGCCACGCGCAGCAGCCUCUGAAGUCGGCCCUCAGACCUGUGUCCUCUGACCUGUCCCUCAGCGCCCCCUAUGGGCAGCUCCAGGGACCAGCAGCAGAACAGUCUGUCUUCUCCAUGUUUUCUGACAGCGACUCGGUGCUGCCUCACGAGCGCGGCGGCUCAGACUUCUCCUGGAUUCAGAGAUCACAGGCAAAGCUGGAGAAGCUGAACGUCACUGAGAUCGAAGACGAGGAGUCCUUUCUGUACGGGAGCGAGGAGGCGGCUCACAGCUCAAACUUGUACACACAGCCCUCCUCCUCCUCAGUGCUGCACCCAGACUCGGAGCUGGACCGACUCAAGAAGAUCCUGCAGAACGCCAGCUCCGUGAAGCCUCUGCCUGCAUCUGCCACGACGCCCCCUGCUGUCAGAGAGCCCACAGCGCCCCCUGCUGUCAGAGAGCCCACAGCGCCCCCUGCUGUCAGAGAGCCCACAGCGCCCCCUGCUGUCAGAGAGCCCACAGCGCCCCCUGCUGUCAGAGACCCUGCGGCACUCGCUCUCUCCACUGUCAACAACCCCAACGUGCGGCACGCGCUGGAGUCACUACAGUCGCUCAUCAGAGCCACGAAGGAGAAGCGUGCUCAGGAUACAGGGGACCGGGAGAGCAGCGUCUCAUCCCAAAACUCUGGCAAAACGAUCAUCACAGGAGACCGACGCAAACAGCAGAUGGAGUUUCUGCUGCAGGAGCUGGAGGGUCUGCUCAAACGCAGCGGUCUGGGGUUCCUGACUCCGGUCAUUGGUUUCUAUUGCCACAGAUGUGAAGAGUUCAUUGGAGAUUUAAACACAGCAGAGAAACAUGGAGCUGAUCAUCGAUCUGGGAAAUUAAAGCGAAAGACGUCAAGAAGAGAAACCUCAGUGAAAUCUAAGAAACGGAAGACUCAGCACGGCAACAAGAGAGAGGCCUCCAAGAAAGGGGCCUCCAAGAGAGAGACCUGCAAGAGAGAGACCUCCAAGAGAGAGACCUCCAACAAGGCUUCAAAAGAGACGAGAAGCGACGAGAAGCAAAGAGAGAAGGACAAACCAGCAGAGAAACCAGCGCUAAAACCAGGGACCAUAAAGACAAACUCUUUCCUGCAGGAGAAACUGCAAGGAGAGCGCAUGCUGAUCACCGUGUCAUGUGACAAACCACCUGACCUCAGACCGACCAAUCAGAGCGCAGUGUCGAAGCGUUCGCGGAGCAGAAGCAGCAGCAGUGACGCCGACAGGAAACGCAAGAAGAAGAAAGGCAAAAAGAAGAAGAAGAAUAAAUAG